AUGGAGGCGAUACAAGCGAGGCAGAAGCGCGCAGGCGUCGGUAUGCAUGACGAUCUUGCGAUGCGAUAUUCCACGCGCCCUGGCACCCAGUCUUCCGCAUCUCAGCGCAAGAUCUUUCAUGGCAACGUGGUUCCGUCUCGCACCAACUUCAUCGGUGGGACGACAAAGAGCACAGCGCCCGCGAAGCCGGAAUCCGAUGAUGAGAUCGACUCCUUGAGCGGAAGCCAAGCCCCAGACUCGGAUGAUGACGAGCGCACUAGGGUUACACGGGUGGGGUCGAAGAAGCGUGCACAGGAGGAGAAGUUUGUCGAUGUCAACGGAAAGAUGCUUCCAGCGCACCCAGACUUCCCACCGACCCAACGAAGCUACCCGAAAUUCAAGAAGAUGAAGGACACGUCUUGCUCGACAAACUCUACCGACGUCUCUCCCGCUUCUUCGCAAUCCCGCACCCAAUCCGUUGCUUCCGGCUCGUCUGCACCUGUCAACUUGGCUGCUCUCAAGAACAACGAGAACGGCAGGUUGCCUCGGACUGCGUCGACUUCGCGCACUUCAAGUACAUCUUCUUUGCACAGAGCGCCGUCUUCGACCCUGAACUCUGAUGCUACACGUCCCAUUACCCGCAAGCCGCUUGACUCAUUCCCUCAACCCUCUCCACUGACUCGAUCUCGAUCUGCGUCUCUUGAAGUUCUUCCUCCAGAGCCGGUCAAGGCUAAGAAGGGAAAAGAGAAAGAAGCAUCCAAAGCGGCACCUUUCCCUCUGAACUCUCCUCCCCCCGACCCCGUUCGCAGCUCAAAGCGAGCGUCGUCUCCACCUCAAACCCGUCCAUCUACCACUAAGCCUUCGCGGUCGACCAAGCCCACACGCAAAGUGAACAAACGCCGUAUUCUAUCAUCCGAAUCCGAGGCGAACUCAGAUGACGACUUGUUUGGAUCUGGACUUGAGGAUACCACUCCGCGGGGUAGAGCCGUCCUUCCUUCCAACAGGCGAACCUCGCCUUCCGCAACUCCUCUUGCCUCUCGCUCUUCAACAACCAUUGAUCUCACGGAGACUGUCAAGAAACCACCCCCGCGCCCAAAGCCUACGCGAAAGGGCAAGCAGAAGGCUGCCACGGACUUCCCUGCGCUAUCUCCUCUCAGCUCGCAAGCUGACGCCGCUCGUUCCUCAAGCCCCGAGCCAUCGAGUACACCGAAGAAGAAGAAGAAGAAAGGCAAUGCCUUUCCGUUGGCGAGGUUCUCUCCACUAUCAUCUCCCGUAUCCGGUCCACCUUCACGAGAGAAGACGGCACCCUUUCCAAUGUCGAUGUCGCCGCUUAAGCUCUCGCCGGUCAGCGAAACCCCGAACGCGCCGAUCUGGGAAGAAUCUGAUCAGGAUGAUCGCAUUGAUAUUACAUCUUCGGACGAUGCAGAAUGCCUGUGCCCGUACUGCGAUGCGCCAAUGCCCUCCCUCGAGGAGCGUACACCGCAGCUCACCCGUCUGCUCGCCGCGGCCGAGAGGCGCUCGAAGCCGGCACCGCGACCUGGGCAUCCUCACGCACGGCGCGCUCCUGUCUCGGUUCACGGCGCCGUAUGCGAGCGGCACGAUUUCGAGACGAAAGAGCUUCCCCGAGCACGAGCGAGAGGAUGGCCAACAAACAUAGCCUGGAAUGCAUUGCGAGGCCGCAUCGAGCGUUUGCAGCCGAGCCUGGAGAAGCUUGUGCAUGGUGAUGAGGAAGCGAGACGGGAGAGCGUCUUCUGGCGCUCCGUAGAGGAAGACGUGCGCAAGUCAGGUAGUCGCGCCGUCGCAGGUGUUAAGGGCCAAUUCGAGAGCUUCGACAAGGUUCAACCCGGAUACUACGGUGAGAAGGGCGCGCACAUCAUCUAUCAAACCAUCUACAACCUCUUCCCGCCCUCAUCCUUCGACGCCGGAUCGCUGGGCGCCCUCUCUCCAGACAUCGUGCUCCAACGUGUCUUGGUUCCUGAAGCCGCUCUCGCUCUCGUCAUGGAAGACAUGGACGUGGACGCAACCACGGCCUCACGAAUACUCGUGGAGAGUGCCCGUUUCGGCGCUAUCAUGUACCCUCUCCAUGACGGUGAUCAAGAUCAUCGUGACAUUGGGCAGGGAAUGGUACGAGAGCGUGCACGGGCUAGGGCGAAGGUGAUUGCUGUGGAAGAGCGGGUGGAGGAGGAGAUGUUGAGGGAGGAGAACGAGAAGAGACGGAAGAGGGACGAGUUGUCCGAAGCCGGUAGCGAGGAGGGCGGGCGUCGCGCUCGGACAUCCAAACGGCGAAAGCCUACACCAGACGCCAGCGUACGCUCAGACGUCGGCGACCCCCCGCCCACAAACGAGUCCAGGCCACGGACUCGUGCCGUUUCACGUCAGAUCGAAUCUGACAGUGACGCUUCCGUGCGAUCAGCGAGGUCUACACGCUCAACGCGCUCUCGGAGAGAUGUGGCUUCGAAGCCAAGUUCGGACAGUGAUACCAUCGAGGUCGUGGAGAACGCCGUACGAACUCGUCCCAAGCCGCGGAAUGUCAAUAAGCGAGCUGGGGCCGCUUCGAGUGAUAUGGAGAUUAGUAGCGGAGCGGAGGGUGCCCCAGACGUCGAUGCUACACCGCGACCACUGGCCCGACAGCGACAGCCUCCAGAGCAAGUGAAGGUUGCUAGCUCGUCGCGAAAGUUGGAUUGGACUCGCAGCCACCGAGAAACGCUGGACCUAACUUCAUCGUCCUCUGAUGAAGAGCCUUCUGCACCUCAGAAGACGAAGAGACGGUCGAAGAGCCGGGCUCUUGACGCUGGCAAAGCGACUGCGGACUCUGCUUCAUGGCUCUUGAGCGAAUGA